UUGAAAACAACUAACCAGAAAAAAAGAACAAACAUCUAUUUUUCUUCAGAAAAGGAACGACAUAACCACCAAAACUGAUGACAUCAUGAGGACGCAGGUAUCCCAGGAACAGAGUCAGCUUCCAGAACCUUCAGGGACCAGCACAUGCCCAACUGAGAACCUUCCCCAGACUCCUCAGAUGCCUCUACCAACCCCAUCCAGCAGUUCCUUAACCAAGAAACCAAGAUUGAAGGCUGUACCUAAAGAAGCUUCAAGGGAAGAAGGUUUCCAGAGCGGCCCCAAAGAAGUGAUGGUACUGAAAGCAACAGUACAAUUUGCAUAUGCCGUCAGUGAAGGAGAGAGAAAGAUGUUUCAUGCCACAGUGGCUACUGAGAACGAAUUCUUCCAAGUGAAGGUUUUUGCUGUCAGCCUGAAGGGGAAGUUCAUCCCAAAGAAAGUCAUCGCCAUAUCAGAUUAUAUUGGGUGCAAUGGGUUCCUGGAGAUCUACAAUGCCUCAUCUGUGUCUGAUGUUAAUGCUGACCGAAAGAUGGAGGUCUCAAAGAGACUCAUUAAAAAUUCAAAUGCAACUCCUAAAAUCAUUCAUCUGUACUCGUAAGCUCCAGGAACAUUUGUGAAUGGAGUGUAUCAGGUGCAUAAG